CUCCCCAGCCUUCCAGAGUCCUCACAGCCCUGCCUCGGCCCCCCACCCCCCGCAGCAAUGAUGAUGAUGGCAUUGAGCAAGACCUUCGGGCAGAAGCCCGUCAAGUUUCAGCUGGAGGACGACGGCAAAUUCUACAUGAUCGGCUCCGAGGUGGGAAACUACCCCCGUAUGUUCGGAGGUUCUCUGUACAAGAGAUACCCCUCACUCUGGAGGCGACUAGCCACUGUGGAAGAGAGGAAAAAAAUAGUUGCAUCAUCACAUGAUCAUGGAUAUACCACCCUUGCCACCAGCGUGACUCUGUCAAAAGCCUCUGAGGUGGAAGAGAUUCUUGACAGCAAUGAUGAGAAGUACAAGGCCGUGUCCAUCAGUACAGAGCCCCCCACCUACCUCAGGGAACAGAAGGCCGAGAGGAACAGUCAGUGGGUCCCCACCCUGCCCAACAGUUCCCAUCAUCUGGAUGCUGUACCAUGUUCCACCACCAUCAGUAGGAACCGCAUGGGCUGGGACAAGAAGAGAACCUUCCCUCUGUGCUUUGAUGACCAUGACCCCACUGUGAUUCAUGAGGAUGCAUCCCAGCCUGAGGUGCUGGCGCCCAUCCAGCUGGACAUGGAGAUCGAUGGGCAGAAGGUGCGGGACACCUUUACCUGGAACAUGAAUGAGAAGCCGAUGACCCCUGAGAUGUUUUCAGAAAUCCUCUGGGAUGACUUGGAUUUGAACCCACUGACAUUUGUACCAGCCAUUGCCUCUGCCAUCAGACAGCAGAUUGAGUCCUACCCCACAAACAACAUACUGGAGGACCAGUCUGAUCAGCGUGUUAUCAUCAAGCUGAACAUCCACGUGGGAAACAUCUCCCUGGUGGACCAGUUUGAGUGGGACACGUCGGAGAAAGAGAACGCGCUGGAGAAGUUCACCUUGAAACUGUGCUCAGAGCUGGGGCUGGGCGGGGAGUUUGUCACUACCAUUGCAUACAGCAUCCGGGGACAACUGAGCUGGCACCAGAAGACCUACGCCUUCAGUGAGAACCCCUUGCCCACGGUAGAGGUUGCCAUCCGGAAUACAGGCGAUGCUGACCAGUGGUGCCUGCUGCUAGAGACCCUGACUGAUGCUGAGAUGGAGAAGAAGAUCCGAGACCAGGACAGAAAUACAAGGCGGAUGAGGUGCCUUGCCAACACUGCCCCAGCCUGGUGACCAGCCCACCAAUGCUCAGCUCUCAUGGAGCAUCUCAGAAGA